AUGAGACAUAAUUUACAACGUAAAGCGGUAUCCGCUAAAAUAAGCGAUAAAUUCAUAGGACAAGUGGAAGGUCAAGUUGAAGGUCAAGUUGAAAGUCAAGUUGACAGUCAAGUUCAAAGUGAAGUGAAAGGUCAAGUUGUAGGUCAAGUGGAAGGUCAAGCUCAAAGUCAAGUUCAUAGUAAAGUGAAAGGUCAAGUUGUAGGUCAAGUUGAAAGUCAAAUUGAAAGUCAAAUUCAAAGUAAAGUGAAAGGUCAAGUUGUAGGUCAAGUGGAAGGUCAAGUUCAAAGUAAAGUGAAAGAUCAAGUUGAAAGUCACGUGGAAGGUCAAGUUGUAGGUCAAGUGGAAGGUCAAGUUCAAAGUAAAGUUGAAAGUCAAGUUCAAAGUAAAGUGAAAGAUCAAGUUAAAGGUCAAGUGGAAGGUGAAGUGAAAGGUCGAGUUGAAGGUGAAGUUGAAGGUCAAAAUUAA